AUGGGAAUUAUUGAACAAAACUUUGAAGCAAUGGACUCAAUCUUGGAGCAUGAUCCAAGGAACAGGAUUAGGCUAUGUUGUGCAAAAUUGCAGAUAAGGAAAUUAAAAGUCGAGCAUGGGCAUGGCAGACUUAGUAAUACUAGCAGAGAUGAAGCUCGUGGUCAUGGACCUUUAGCUUCUUCCACGUCCUUUUUCUUUUCCUGUUCCUGUUUCUCUUCUGGGAUCAAUAAUUGGAAACAUCAAGGCUUUAAAGCUCAAGCUAUGAGUACCACCACUCAGGAAAAUUUUGCAUCACCAAGGGGAAUUGUGAAUGGGAGAAAUGAUCCUGACCAUCUUCUUGUUCUUGUUCAUGGUAUCUUGGCUAGCCCAAGUGACUGGACAUAUGUGGAAGCUGAGUUAAAAAGGCGUCUUGGGAGAAACUUUUUAAUUUAUGCAAGUUCAUGUAACACUUACACCAAAACCUUCUCUGGGGUUGAUGGAGCUGGAAAGCGAUUAGCAGAUGAAGUCAUGCAAGUUGUGAAGAAGACAGAUAGCCUUAAAAAGAUCUCCUUUUUAGCCCAUUCUCUUGGAGGGUUGUUUGCAAGAUAUGCAGUUGCUGUCCUUUACUCACCAACUCCCUUAGGAAGUGACGAACCUGUUGAUCUGGCUGAUUCUAAGAUGGCAAACUCACAAACAAUGUUCUCUCCUAGACGAGGUACAAUUGCAGGACUCGAGCCAGUCAAUUUCAUUACCCUGGCGACUCCACAUCUUGGGGUGAGAGGGAGAAAGCAGCUUCCAUUUCUCUUUGGAGUUCCCAUUCUGGAGAAACUUGCUCUUCCACUAGCUCCAAUUUUUGUUGGCCGGACUGGUAGUCAACUGUUUCUGACAGAUGGUAAACCCAACAACCCACCCCUGCUUUUGAGAAUGGCAUCUGACUGUGAAGAUAUAAAGUUUUUAUCUGCCCUUGGUGCAUUUAGAUGUCGCAUUCUUUAUGCAAAUGUGUCUUAUGAUCAUAUGGUUGGUUGGCGCACAUCAUCCAUAAGGAGGGAGACAGAACUUGUGAAGCCUCCUCGUCGAUCUUUGGAUGGUUACAAGCAUGUGGUGGAUGUGGAAUAUUGUCCACCAGUUUCCUCUGAUGGCCCCCAUUUUACUCCAGAAGCAGUCAAAGCAAAGGAGGCAGCACAAAAGGAACCCAGUAUGCAAAAUACUGUGGAGUAUCACGAAAUUGUGGAAGAGGAGAUGAUAGGUGGUCUACAACAGUUAGGAUGGAAAAAGGUCGAUGUCAGCUUUCAUUCGGCAUUCUGGCCCUUCUUUGCUCAUAACAAUAUACAUGUGAAAAAUGAAUGGUUUCAUAAUGCUGGUGCCGGAGUGGUUGCUCAUGUUGCAGACAGCCUAAAGCAACAGGAGUCAUCCUCGUUCAUUGCUGCUAGCUUGUAGAGAUGGCAUACGAUUAAAGUACUUACAGCUAAAACGUGUAUAAUAUGAGCUAAAACGUGUAUGAGCUAAAAUGUAAGCUCAUACUUAUAUUUCACAACUGUAGCAGACAUGAUGAAAUGAAAAAAAAAAUUAAAAAAAAAAAAUGAAACAUUCUUUUAUAGUGAUCACUGAUGAUAUGAAGUUGUUUAAUUUUCGGUUAGCCCAGCAGACGGUAGAAUUAUAGUUUGAAAGCAUAAUCCAGCUUAGUCAAUUUUGUCUGGUGACUCUUUGGGCAACUUGAACUUAUUAUUUUGUUUU